AUGAAUUCCAACACUAAAGAAUAAUAUAUAAUAUAUAUUAUUUUAUUAUAAUUAUUUUAUUAAUAUUUGUAUAUAAUACACAGUAUUCAGUUACAACUUUCAAUUCCCUUUCUCCUCCUACCUCCUCCUUUCCCCUUCCUAUAUAGGAGGAGUAUAAAAUUCCAUCUCUCUCUCUCUCAAAACUAGCUAAGCAAGAAAGCAAGCUUUUUCUUUGAGGCCAAAGGGUAACCAAGGUAGAUUGUCAUCCUAAACAUGUAUGUAGAGACAGCUUGCUUUGAACCCAACAACUCCAUGGUAGAAGAUGUUACUGAUGAUGGGUUUUGCCAUGCUAUACCACUCAUGGCAGGUAACAGUACCACAAAUAGCUUUGAAGAGCAUCUCAAACUGUCCAUGGAAGAGUUUUCCAAUCAUUACCCCCAAGAAGAAUCUGCUGCUGCCUCCAUGGAAGAAAUCCAACUUCAACAUCACAUGGCUUUCAGCAAUAACAAUACCAACCACCAUUUAAUGCAACAGUACCCUACUCAACUCCUAUCAUAUGACCACUCCUCCAAUUGGGAUCCCAAUAUCAUUCAAUUCCAAGAGAUGCACCAAGUACUUGAUCAAAAUAGCAGCUUUGAUGCUACUGCUAAUACACAAUCCUCCUUGCCACCUGAUCUUCUUAAUCUUUUCAACUUGCCCAGAUGCACAUCAACAUCUACUUUGCUUCCUAAUUCAUCAAUUUCCUUUACAAACCCUGCCCAUAAGGCUCCUUUGGGCUUCAUGGGGGUGGACAACACAUCUGCGCGUUUCGACCCAUACACACUUGCUCCACAGCCUCAUUUGUUUAGGGAAUUGGUUCAGUCUUUACCCCCGCAUGGUUAUACUUUGCCCACGCCCUUGUUUGGUGGAGGCCAAGGGGAUGAUCAUGUGGAUGGACAAAGUGGUGGAGGCCUUAGUUACCAAGAUGGGGAUCAUGGAGAUGGGGUUUUUGAGUUUACUGAUGAAAUGGCUUGCAUUGGUAAGGGAAUUAAGAAGACUGGCAAAGUUACUAAGCAUUUCGCUACGGAACGCCAAAGGAGAGAACACUUGAAUGGAAAGUACACUGCCUUGAGGAACUUGGUUCCAAAUCCUUCCAAGAACGAUAGGGCAUCUGUGGUGGGAGAAGCAAUUGAUUAUAUCAAAGAACUUCUUCGGACGGUUCAGGAGCUAAAAUUACUAGUGGAGAAGAAGAGAUGCGGUCGAGAGAGAAGCAAAUGGCGCAAGACUGAAGAAGAUGGUGGGGUAGAAGUUCUUGAUAAUUCUGACAUCAAGGUUGAACCAGAUCAAUCAGCAUACAGUAACGGAUCAUUAAGAAGUUCUUGGCUUCAGAGGAAGUCCAAGGACACUGAGGUAGAUGUCCGCCUAAUCGAAGACGAAGUUACAAUCAAACUGGUUCAGAGAAAGAGAGUUAAUUGCUUGUUAUAUGUCUCCAAAGUCCUUGAUGAGCUUCAGCUUGAUCUCCACCAUGCUGCUGGUGGCCUUAUCGGUGAUUACUACAGCUUUCUGUUCAACACCAAGAUAAAUGAAGGAUCAUGUGUUUAUGCUAGUGCCAUAGCCAACAGACUGAUUGAGGUUGUGGACAGGCAGUAUACAUCCAGUACUACUACUGUACCAGCUGCAGGCAGUUGUUAUUAGUGUGGGAGGACAUCGUAUUCAUAUUCCUUUAGUUAUAAGAAUAUCAAACUCUUUUUCUGUGCUCUUGUUCAGACGAUCACUCUUUGCCUGUGUUGAGGGAACAAUAGGGAACUAAUAGGCAAGGUUUAGAUACUAGUGGUUACAAUGUUGAUGGGAGGAUAAUCAUACAGCUGCUUUUAUAUGUUUAUUCCCAAGGUUGAAGUUCAUGCUAAUUAACUAAGUUCCUUGUCAUGCUGGUGAA